UAAGAGCAGACCGCUGGCGGCUUGUCGUAGUCUUCGGCAGAUACAUAGAAGAGUGGGCUCGGGAUGAAAACCGUGCCGGCGAUACCGCUACCCCCACGCAUGCGCGCUCCAAUCCAAGCAGACUGCCACUGAGCAAGCGUGGACUCCAACCAAACGCUGCGCAGUUCAAUUGGAUGAUGCUUUUGUCCUGCAUGUCCUGUUUUUAUCCUUCCGUAUCUAUUUAUUUAUACUUGAGAUAAGCCCUCGGAACAAGUUGUGACUGCCCCCCGUCUAAAUACGGAACCGUAUAGGUCAAAAAGGACUAAACCGGCUGCAAUGCGGUCCUGUCAUGUGACUGCUACGCGACGUUAGGCCACAUGGUGGCGCUACAGCAACACUAAACUGGGAAACGUCGUCCAGAACGUCUGAUUCAUUUUAAUCGGGUUUAAUGAGGUUUUCUUCGAUUUGUGUUCAUUAGAAUUUCUUAUUAAAGAUUAUUAGUCCAAAAAAAAUUGUAAAACUAGGGAAAUUAAGAACACUGAGCAUAAAUUGGAGUUAAAAAAGCUUUUUACGGGAUUACAUUCAUAGGCGUGAUUGCAUUUGUUCAACUCAAUUAUAGAUUUUUUGAUUAGAAUCCAUUUUUUAAAAAAUCCAUUGUUAUUGCACUUUCAUUAAAGAACUAAUCUACAGUCAGCAGUGAAUAAACUAAAAUACUGUAUUAAUACUACAUUCUGAUUCGUUGACAUUCAACUAUAUUCAUGACCUUUUUUAUUUUCUAAACGAUAUUUCACUUUGGAAAAAUGUUUUUUUAACAAAAAGGCAUUUCCAAUCAUGUCAGGGUCAAAGAAAACGUAGGCGGUACUAUCAACAGUAAAACAUAACAUUAAGGGUGGCCUAACCAAUCCAGAAAUGACACACACACAGACAAAAAUGGGGUCUCCAUUGAUGCUGUUUUUUGGACCCCCCCCCCCCCUCAGAAGUUGGGACGUUGCCCCCCCCUUUGACCUCAAUGCAGUGCCACCCGCCCACUCCCCCCUGCUGGGCUCUUCCUUUUGACCAUUGUGUGAGCGUCCAAUUGUUCCAGUGGAGAAGUCAAAAAUGGACUGGAGGAACGUAACCAAGUACGUUGCAUUACAUAGACGCUCAGCUAUUCGGCGUAGCUAAUUAACCGCAAACUAUAACCACCGAAACAUUCUUAGAAAUGGACUUCCUAGUCUAAGAACAACAUGUUGUGGCUAUUAUGAGGCUAUAAAAAGACUCACGCUUUCAAUAACAAUGAGACUUUCUCCGCUAUUGUCAGGCAAAAGCGGGAUGUGCGCACGCACGCAACAACUCUUUGCACGUCCUCAAGGGAUCGCGUGUCGUAAGGACGUCAGUCAGACUGGACCAAGGACAAAAAGCCCCCCCAAAAACAGCCAAGAGACUCGCCAAUCAACCGAUAAGACAGGAAUAUGUGGCAAGGUGCACGCAGGGUGCUCCGAGUGCAAGUUGAAGGCUUUUUUGGGCGUCAGUCGGUCAAAUGCCGUUGUACAAAUCAGAGCAUUCACAUGAUCAAAUAGGUUCACUUAAAGUUUAAAAAAAAAAAAAAAAAAAAAAGACAGAGCGAUGAAAAAAGUGACAAAGAAUUGCAAUUUUACCAUUCCAGUAUUUGUCAAAAUGAAUUUCAGAAAACCACCAAGAAACUUUCACUUUCUCAUUAUGCUUCACAUGAUAGCAAAACAAAAAUGAAAUGAAAAGAGAAAUGAAAAAAACUUGACAGUGACAAAAAAAUUGGGAUUUGGAAAAUUACUAUUUAAGUCACUGAAAUGUAAAGAAAAUAUCAUGUAGAAUGAAAAACGCCGUAGUAAUUUUAACAAAAGUCAAUUCAUUAAUUAGUCACCCGCCAAAAAUGGAAGAAAAAUAUCAGAAAAUGUGCAUUCAAAACUAAUUUUGGCCAAUUUGCAUUUGUAUUUCCAUUUGUUUUUUCAUCCAUCUGUUUUCUUUUCCACUUAUCCUCACAAGGGUCGUGGGAGUAAUGCAGCCUAUCCCAGCUGUCGACGGGCAGGGGGCGGGGUACACCCUGAACUGGUCGCCAGCCAAUCACAGGGCACGAGACACACAGCCCCACUCACAAUCACACCUAGGGGCAAUUUAGAGUGUCCAAUUAAUGUUGCAUGUUUUUGGGAUGUGGGAGGAAACCGGAGUGACCACCCGGAGAAAACCCACGCAGGCACAAGGAGAACAUGCAAACUCCACACAAGCGGAGCCGGGAUUGAACCCGGGUCCUCAGAACUGUGAGGGGCCAACGCGUUACAGCUGCGCCGCCGUGCCGCCCGCCACUUGUUUUUGUCGUUUAUAAUAUAUGAACAGCAAACUGCGUUUGUCAUUUAUAAAACAAGCAACAAACAGCUGCGUCAACAACUGCGAACGUUGGAUGAAACGAUGCCAAACUUCUUGGUGGAAAUGUUGUGGCUACGGGAAAGAGAACGCGCCUGCUCUGUAGGGUAAAAGUAAGACCGGUAAGAAUAGCAAGGAGAGUCAAGGUCAAAGAUGUUAUUAAGCUUGCAAAUGAGCCGAUUGGGGGGGGGGGGGGGGGGCGCCCAUUCAGGAAAUUGUGCUUCCCUGGUGUGGUUUCAAACGAUUGUUCCUAAAUUUGGGACAUUCCAGCGCAUCGCAGGGUCUGCGGAGGAUGCGAGACGUCGGACGUGGAACGACGCCGCGAAUGGCGGUUACUGCAGGUCACGCGCAAGAUUCAUGUUCGACCAAAUCUUCCAGAAGGUGAACAAGUACAAUUUGUGUAUUCAAAUGACAUGUCCUAGGUAACAAAAGAUUACACCAUUAUCUAUACAUUCCAAUAAAACUGGAGACAUCUUUUCUGUAUUAAUGAUUUAAGAAUCAAAGCUACUAAAUGGUUAUUCUCUAAUAUUGUAGAGCAACUUUCUCAUUGCAAAGAAAAUGAUAUUUUUCAACGAGUGAACCAACAUUUUAGUAUCUUAUUAUUCCUUAUAGAUUACAUUCCAAUACUUUAACCAGUGCAUAUUUUUUUAAUUGAGAAAGGGACCAAAAUAUGUCGUGUCUAUAAUUGACUUCUAUAUGUAAAUAAAUAACAAAAAAAAAAAAAGAAAUGCGAAAUGUUUUUUACCAUGUAAUUAUACAAUUUUGAAUUGAUAAACUUUAAAACUAAAAAACUACUGAUGCCAGGUCUUGUAAUUUUCUGCAUUUUCUACGUAUCAAAAUAUUUCCAAGAAUACAGUUGUGCCCAUGGAGUCUUCUGUACAACUUUAAAGAAUGAAAACGAGUAAUCAGGCAAAACAUUUCAUUUUGAACUGGAUCAAAUUCAUGUUGAAGGGAUCAAACAAAACACCAACAAAGAAACGUCCAUAUUUUUCAUAGAAUUCAUCGCAAAUUUUGCUCAUAAAUUAUGCCACUUUAGGAGCACAAUUAAUAUUCUAGAAAAUCCUGACUGUCCUGCAGAUGUGCGUUUCAGUAUACACCCCCCCCCACACACACACACACACACACACAAGUUAUUUUUGUCUCGGAUAACGACCUUCCGCAAAUGAACAAUUGAGGUGUGACCGAGCGUCGUUGUGAUGUGCUGCGCGAGAGGGAGGGAAGGGUUAGGGGAGGGAGGGAGAGAGACAGACUGAAAAAGAGAGAUAGAUGGAGAGAUCCAGAAAGAGAGAGAAGAGAGAGAGAGAGAGAGAGAGAGAGAGAGAGAGAGAGAGAGAGAGAGAGAGAGAGAGCGAGCGAGCCUACAAGUCCAUGCAGUCAGACCUAUGCUGACACACAACAACAGAGCCUCUCCUGCAGAGCGCACACACCCCGCAACCAACACACCGCUAAGGUGCUUUGGAAUUCUGCACCUUACGACGCCGCGCAUCUGCAGGUACCUACGCAGGAUGGUGGGGUUGAAGUCUACUCAAGAAUUUGCCUGGUACAGACGGAGCUGCAAGGCUGCCGGUGUGUGAGGUACCGAUGAAGUGUUUGCCAGCGUCUGACAUACUAUCAGAAGUGAAAUGCCGGAGACGUCUAAGGUGCCACAGCCAGAGUCAUUUCUCAACAUGUAACCGAUUUGCGAGACACUGACGACAGCAUGCUUCGCCUCUACCGGACUUCAAUCCUGUGCUUCUGGUGUCUUCUUCUUCUGGUUCACGAUCAGGCCUCAGCCGAUGAAGAGGGGCCCUGGAGACCCAAGUCUUCCAAGGAAGAAUUGCCCCAAAGGGAGUCCAGCUCUGUCUGGUGGCCCAUGAGACUCCCAAAGCUGCCGUCUCUUCCUUCACUGCCCUUCAGUCUGCCUUUUUAUCCUGCUGGGGGUAAAAGCGAGGCUACAGAAUUAAACCCAACCGGCCAAAAGCUGUCAGACUCAAUCGAUCAAUCCGGGUCUGGAGAUGUGAUCAUAUCUGAAGUCUCUGCACUUCCAAUUGGUUCCACUCAGGAGUUCCAAAGCAGUGUGACUGAGAUAAAGACAGAAAGUCUUCCUACAGGGACACCGCAUUUUUCACACAGCAAUCGUGACAAUGGCACGCUUGUUGCAACCUCUGCUACACAUAUCAGAAAUACUCAGAGUCCCACCAGCUCAGGCACGCCGGAACAAAAUGAGACACCGACUUACACACCAUGGAAGAUGACACUAGCAUCACCAGUGCACCAGCUCCCAGAUGACAGCAGUGGCUUUUUACAAACCAUCACUGCGACAAUGGCACCAGAAAUCCCAUUACCUACUGACAAGACACCAACCAACCUGAGAAUGGGAAUCACACUGACACCGAAAUUGACUCCCCGUGAGAGCACUGCAGUGAAAGCACAGGAGUCAUCAGAAAAUCAAACCACACACAGCACCAGUUUGGAAGUCAUUCCCACCACUGCCGCGAAUGGAAGGGUUACUGCCACAGUAGCAAAAGCUAAGGCGGACGAGAAAGGUGCGGCGCUUGAUGCUUACACGACGGAUGCUCCGGCGCCGCGAACGUCGCCACUGCCAGGAGAAUCAGGGACUACAGCAGAAAGUUCACAAAACCUCCAAACAUGGGACUUGAUGUCAAACCUGGUGAGCGGGACAGUCACGUUCCUUCCAGACUGCAAUAAAGAACGCUCCGGGGCCUGCAACUUCUCAGACAACUGGGAAUCUAUCGAAACAUCAGACAUGAAAACAGCAACAAACUAUACAAGUACAAACCAAUCGAGCAGCCCUUCGGCAUUCCCGUCUGCUCUCAUGUUGGUUCCGCUGUACACAGACUGGAACAGUGCCAUGGCAGCCUGGGGCCUGGCCUGGGAGGCGCACGUGUACGGUGCCGGUUGCGUUUUUGCAAUGUUAACACUGGCCUCCGCGCUCAACCUUCUCUGCUUGCCUCUGCGCUGUCCAUCUGGUUGUGGCUAUUUUGCUCUAGUCAGCCUGUUUUUACUGGCCGCCGGGGGUACCAGAUCCUUCUCACUCCUGUACGACGCAUAUGGCCAUCAGGACCGCUUCCCCUCCGGUGAGGCCUCGCUGAUGCUGUACGAGGCACCCUUUCCUUGUCUGACAGCCGCGUUCGGCUUGGUUUUCCUCCUGCUUUCCAUGCGCUCCAGGAUGCAGCUCUCCUACUCGGCCUUCCAAAGACCCUGCUUCCUGGCCUGUGUGGUCGUCCUCCACUUCACUGCUGCCUUUGGGCCAGGGAUGCUGUUCAGGUUCUACCAGCAGAAACCUCCGCUUUGCUUAUUUCUAUCACUCAUUUCCCGUGGAGCCUUUGUAGCCCUCGCUACCUUCCUGUCUGCUGCCUAUUUUGUGUUCUAUGUCUACGUGCGAGCAGACUCCAAGCACAUCUACCACCUCAACAACACGUCUCCAACCCCCGCCGAGCGAUACAACCGCUGUCCUUUCGCCGAGAGCCGCGAUUGGGAUCGUGCGGCUGUAACAGUUUGUCUUUCCGCCUUGUUUUCUUUAGCCUGUGCGGGGCUGCAGCUGUAUGCGAUGCUCAAUGCUAUGGGUGUCACCGGGGGGGAAGACGUCUUCCGCCCGUGGUGCUGGUGGGCUUUCCAUUUCAGUUGCAGACUGUGCGAACUGGGAGUUUGCCUCACAUUGGCACUGGUAGUGGCACAACCAGUCUACUGCUCUGACCAGCUACCAUCAACUGGAAGCUGUUGGACAGAACUGCUAGCAUCUAAGGCGCCCAUCCUGCCAGGGAGCUGCCAGUGGGGCUUAAGCCCACAGGAGAAGCUAGCCAUCGUGGACACAGUUGGCCUUGGCGAGACAGAGAACCUUCCUCUCUAUACACUUAUGGACGAGAGGCUAACUAGCAGUCUGAACGGGCUGGACUUCUUGUACCACAGUAACCGGGCACUUGCUUAUAGAGACCUAGACAUAAAUGCGGACAAGACUGCCUCACAGAAACCUGAAAAUGGAGGCGUUGGGGGGCCGUCAGGUGGCUCCUCCUUUACAAGUGAUUCCACCACAGACCUGCGGCCACCGUCGCCCAUCAACUUGCGCCGCAGCAUCGACGAGGCGCUCUUCGGCGAGGCUCUUUUUCCCAUCAGCCUCUUCAGCACUACCAGGCCAACGCAGAGCAGCGAAUUAUCUGUAAAUGACCACUAUGCUCUUCCAAACUUCUGUCAUUCUCACUCAAGUGACCCUGCCCUUUUCCAAAACUCCUCUGGUGGAGACAUAACUCUAAAUGCAGGUGAGCUCGAGGCUCCUCCAUCUCCAUCCCUGUCCUCUUCCAGCUGCUCCUCUCCCGAGCGCUGGAGGGGAAGCUCCUCGUCCUGCUCCCCGUACCGGGCCUCGAUCGGGGACUCGUCAAUGGUGCUCUGCCCGAGUCCAGAAGUACAGGAUCGGCAGGAGACUGACCCACACAGGGACUACCAAACGUUGGGAGCUGCCUCACAGGAGAGCCUUGACCUGGACAUGUCGUCCGAGGCUGACCGAUCGGUGCAGGAGGAGUUCAUGAGUGCCUGCAGACAAAUUGACACGCUCAGCAUUUCCAGCGAGACAAUCGAUUUGUAAUGGACACACUGGACGCAAAGAUUUCAUGAAAAAAACAAAAGCGCUACAAGAUUUUCAUGGUAGUCCAAAGCUUCCAAAGAAAAUGUUUGGUAGGUGCGUCUUUAAGUGGUCACAUCAUGUCGAUGUGGGUUUACGUGCCAAAAAUGUCCAGAAACAACCGUUUGUGACUUUGACACGUUCUGCCUAGUAAGUAAAAAAAGGGUUAGGGUGUAAAGUGAUACCUAAAAUAACAAAAUGUCUAACCUAAUGGGAGAUACAACGGCUGAUGUCUUACUGCUUUUGUACAUUCUUAACACUUCUAUAAUACUUCUGAUGUUCAAUUUAAACCCAACCGCCAGAGGAUAACAGCAAGCAGCGUCCUCUACUGGCCAAUCUCCGUAAAUGUUUCUACAUGGACUCCAGCCCUCUGCUUACAAAUUUAUAUAUUACAGGAAAUAUAUACACACAAAUAAAGCUGAUUGCUAUAUAUAUAACUGGUGUUUGUCCCCAAUAAGACAGCGCACAAGAACAGUUUGAUUUCUUUAUUCGUUUCAGCAAAUGGAACAGUAAACAGCUUCCCCUCUGCAGUGCUUUUGAAACAGUAAACAGGCGGUGCCCCAAAACAAAUACUGUCCUCAUAUACUAAGUCUUUUCAAUUCAGGAUUUAAAAAAAAAAAAAAAAAAAAAAAAAAAAAAAAAAGAGGUUUUAAAGUCUGUAUAUGAGUAACUGAAAGCUUAUAUUUUCCAUGUCCGUUUUGUGCACUGUCUUUACAUUACAAGACUUGGCAAGUGGCGCGAACCCAGUGCUGGGUGAUUUACUUCAACCUUUUGAAGAAACUGUGGGGCCUUAGAAUAAGGUUUCAUCAAAUACACUGCGUUUGGACACUCUCUCGCAGUCAAUAGCAUAGGAAAGCGCGGCCAAAAUUUUGACUUGAAACAUUCAUAACCCAACAUGGCAAAACGAGCCCAGCUAGUCUUUUUGUAACGCAGACCAUCCACUUGUCAAGGCAUUAAAGCAUCCAGGAAAAAAAAAAAAAAAAA